AAACACUUCCCUCUUUCUCCGAAGAAAAGAGAGGAACUUCCUAUGGAGGAGACUACUGUUAUUGCUUCAUCGUCAUUCGACUGCGGAAUCGGAAGCUGGGAUCUCAAAACAGGGAACGAGCAGCUUCGGUUCAAGCAAUGCGCCUCUCCCUCACACGGCCUCACCGCUGUCGGAGAGAAAUUCCUCGCCGCCUCUCAGCUCCGUAACGCAUCCGGCUCAUCUGGCUCGGUUUUCUUCUGGUCUUGGAACAAGCCUCAAGUGGAAGUUAGGAGCUUCCCUGUGGAGUCAAUAACGGCUCUUACAGCUAACAGUGAAGGCACUUAUAUAGUUGGUGGUGGAGCCUCCGGAGAUAUAUUCAUUUGGGAGGUUGCGACUGGGAAGCUGCUAAAGAAGUGGCAUGCUCAUUACGUUUCAGUAACGUGCUUGGUGUUCUCUGGAGACGAUUCUUUGUUGGUUUCUGGAUCUCAAGAUGGGUCUGUUAGAGUCUGGUCUCUUAUAAGACUAUUUGAUGAUCAACAAAGGCAGCACCAAGAAAGAACUCUCUAUGAACACAAAUUUGAUGAGCAUACAAUGGCUGUAAACGAUAUUGUUAUAGACUAUGGUGGCUGCAAUGCUUUGAUAGUUUCUGCUUCAAAAGACCAGACUUGCAAGGUUUGGAGCCUGUCGCAGGGGAAAUUGCUGAGAAGUAUAAUAUUUCCUUCAAAAAUCAAUGCACUUGCAUUGGACCCUGGCGGCUCUGUGUUCUAUGCUGGUGGCGGAGAUGGCAACAUUUAUAUCGGUGCCUUGAAUUCCAAAAGUGACUAUGCGACACAGUUUCUUGGUUCAGUAUCAGACCCAAGCAAAGCCAUUACUUGCUUAGCAUAUUGCGCAGACGGAAACCUUUUGAUUUCUGGAUCAGAAGGUGGUGUUAUUUGCGUUUGGAAUCCCAGAUCAGGUCAACCUGUUCGUUCUUUCACUUUCGGCCAUGGAAAAGGACCUGUGAACAAUAUUCAAGUUGUCAGAAAAACGAUUGUUGGUAAUGCCAACAAAGCACAAUCUUCCUGGAAAAGGAAUGUGUCUUCAUUACCUCCUCCUUUGGAAAAAUACGAAAGAAAAGGAGAUGAUACCAUGGAUGGUAUAGUCAUCGUUGAUCCGCCGCUAUCUUCUGAUGUUCCUGUUUACUCUUCUUACCGCAGCGCUGACCUUAUUAACGAGCAAGUUAAAGAGCUCGAGCAACAAGGCUCUGCAGCAACGGAGAUUGAAAUGGAAAGAUUGAAACUUGAGUACAAAAAAUCUAUACAGAUGAAUGAUCAAUGGCAGAAGAACUAUGAGAAUUUGCUCCAGGUGGUUAUGGAAGAAGAGCUAAACGGUGGUUCCAAUUGAAACUUGAAAGCUUUUAUUUAUUGUUAUUCUUUCUACAUAUUUUUUUGCAACUAAAAUGUUUUAUUAAUUCCAAGUUUAGCAUCAUAUAAGCAUUGUUAAUUUUCAUCAUCCAUGGUUAAUUGGAUAAAGACACUUGGUCCAUCUUUCAAAUAACAUUCAGAAACUUU